GCUCGCAAACCAACGGCACCGCCGCUCCGACUCCCAAGCGGCGCGAGCUCGCUGUCCCACCGGCCGUCGCCAAGUCGCGCUUCGCGAGCGAUUCGGAGCGAGCCAUGGGCGGCGGAGAUGGCCGCAGCAGCCGCAGCAGCCGCAGCAGCAGCAGCAGCAGCGACGGGUCGAGCGAGCACGGCGCCGGCGGCGGGAGGAAGAAGCGCCGCUCGUGGAGCCGGCUGGAGAUCGCGCUGACGGCGACCGGCUGCCUGCUCGUGGUGGCCUGCGCGGCUCUCAUCGCCGUCGCCUGGCUGGCCGUGGAGGACAGCAAGCAGAGCAGCAAGACAGAGAGGAGUGCGCUGUCUGGCAGCAUGAAGAUCGUCACCGGAGCCGAGUUCAGCCCGGCGCUCCUCGACCGCGAGUCGGCCGAGUUCAAGACGCUCGCCUUCGACUUCGAGAAAACGAUCAACGACGUCUAUUCCACCAGCUCUAUGCAGAAUGACUACAUCAGCUGCAAGGUGCUGGCGUUCAGGUCAGGCAGCGUGCUCACCUCCUUCGGGCUGGAGUUCUUCUCCGAGUCCCCCAUCGACGCGCUGGUGGACGAGGCGCUGGCGACGCUCAAGAAGGCCAUCGUGCCCGUGAGCGGCGGGUCCACGGAAGGCCAGCUGGGACGCUUCACGGUCGACUCGACGAGCGUGGGCGUCAGCGGUGCGAAGCCCACGGAGCCUGGGAAACCGCCAGGAGAAACGAGCACCCCCAAAACAACAACUACCCCCAAAACAACUCCUCAGCCAGGGAAAACGACCACCACCAAAGCACCCUCGACAGACGUCUGCUCGUGGGGCCAGCAACAGUGCCGCAACAGCACGGCGUGCGUCUACGAAGAGCUCUUCUGCGACGGGAACGUGGACUGCGCCGAGGGCUCCGACGAGACGCCCACGGACUGCGCUUUCUGCCCGCUGCUGUUCACAUGCGGAGACCGCUCGUGCGUGCCCGCGUUCCGCGCCUGCGACGGCGCCGACGACUGCGGCGACGGGAAGGACGAACAGGGCUGCGUUCACCUCGCUCAGGGGGAGUCACACAGCCUGCAGCUGUCCAGCGGAACCGUGGACGUGAGUGUGGCCGCGUCCUUCCACGCAGCCUGCGCCGACAACUGGAACGGUCACCUGUCCAUCGCCGUGUGCCGACAGAUCAGCCAGGGGCCCCCGAGGUACGCGACGUCGGUGCUGGCCUCCGACUACAACUUCACGAGCUUCGCACUCGUCAUCAACACGCCGGAGAAACCCGUCAAGUACCUCCAGAGCGCCAUCGGUGCUGUGACUACCAAGUGUCCGAGCGAGAGGCUGAUCUUCGUGGCGUGCGAGCCAAAUGAGUGUGGCCUGCAGCCAGCUCUCCAGUCUUCGGGUCGUGUCGUCAACGGAGAGCCGGCGAAGGCGGGCAGCUGGCCCUGGAUGGCGUCGCUCUCCGUGGCACGGAGGCAUCGGUGCGGCGCCUCGCUCAUCGACAACGAGUGGCUGCUGACGGCCGCUCACUGCAUCGUCAACACGUGAGUCGUCCUUGUCAAGGACCCACAACGCCCGUGACGCUCCG